UCUAUAUUCUGAGCAAUUUCUGUUUUAUUUCACCUGUUGAAAUAUGGAAAAAUAAUUCACACUUGCCUUUCAUUUAAACUGUAAUAUUUAAGCUAUUUUUCAGAUUGAGCAUAGGUGUAAGAAGAAGAAAUAGGAGAAUUUCUACGUUUUAACAAUGUCCUCCAAAAAUCGAAAAUUCUUCAGAUUAACUCGAUGUCAGAAAAUUAUGGAAUUAGCUGGAGCACCAAAAUUUGAGACUGAUGAAUCAACAGUGACAAAAAAAUAUGAUUUCAAGGAUGACACCGAAGAUCCCUGGUAUAAUUUCAGAUUGUGGAGAAAUGCCAAGAACGUUGGGAAAAAAAAUGAGGUUUCCACCGAGAUGUCCACGGAAAGAAAAGAAGAACCACAAGAAAAAGAAUGUGACGCUGUUAUGUCUCCUUUGGAAUCAUCUUCCUUAACUUCUUCAAAAUCAUCAUCAAUUUAUUCUUCAGAUACAAGAAAAUCACUUCAGUCAUUUACGAAAUCAUCUAGGAAAUCAUCAGAAUCUAGUUCAGACAAUGAAAAUUUGAAUAUUGAGGAUAAUAUGGAACAGAGCCGUGUACAAACUGAAAGCGAAGGAGACAUAGGAGAUAUCGAAAAAUAUUCAAAUGAGGAAUUUUGUGGCCCGAGUCGUGAAAAAAAGAGAACCCCAGUUUCGAUAUUGAAUGGUGAAUAUUCAAUUGAAAUGAGUAGAAGAAAAAGUCGUGUAUGGGAUAAAAGGGAUCGAUGUAUAAUCUGUAAUAACGAUGUGACAAAUUUUUCUAGACAUAUUUUUCGGAACCACUCCGAAGAGGAAAGUGUAAAACAAAUUUUGAAAUUUCCCAAAAAUCAUCCGAAUAGAAAAAAAUUGAUUAGUUCCUUGAGAAAAGAUGGAAACUUCAGUCUUUUGAAGGAAAAUACUAUAAGGGCUGUACAGAGACCCUCAACGAUGACAGCCGGCAAUCUAAAUUUUUUCCCUGUAAAUUCUGUAAAGGAUUAUAUAAAAAGAUAUCUUUAAGAAGACAUAUUAAAAUUUGUGGGAUGCGGGGCGAGAGAAUUAAUAAUGGAGUAAGAUAUUGCAAUGAAGGAUUAAUGAUGCUUGCAUUUGAUGAAUCGAAGAAGAAAUAUUUGGAUAGAUUACGUUUGAAAAAAGAAGUUUUUGGCAGUAUGCAUGCCGAUAGAAUUGCUUUAGAAGGCAUGAAAGAUCCUAUUGCUUGUCAAUAUGCUGAGAAUUAUUUGAAUCAGCAUAAAAGACCUCAUAUAAAACAUCUAGUGAGUAAUAAAUUACGAGAAUUAGGACGACUUUUGAUUCAAUUGAAAGAUGUUUUCGAACUCAAUUCCAUUUUAGAAGCUCUGAAACCUGAACAUUUCCAUAAAUUAGUUUCAGCUGCGAGAACAAUAGCUGGAUAUA